AUGGGGCGACAACCCAACAAAGAAAGGUUGUAUAGGGCGCGUGAACGGCAGAAAGCACCAACCUACGCCAAAGUCCGACUAACCCAAUGGCGGGUCAAGAGAACCAUGGUAGUUCUACGGAUGCGAAAUCGGCAAAAGGUCCAUCAUCUCUUGUUUAUGAUCAUAUUAUACAGCUCGUGUAAGGAUCUUCCCGCGUGUACCGUGGUUUCAGAGUCGAGCCAAUCGGCAUGGUGGGCAUUAAAAUCACCAAGUAUCACGAUUUUGGUGGUAGGAACCAUUUCACAUUUUAGGGAAUCUAUUGUGCCAGCCCAGUUUAUAGCCGGUCGGACAGGAGCAGGUCUUCUGAUUCUCAACGGCUUCACCUUUUACAUGAAGAAUCAUCAAGCACAUGGCAAGAAACAAUGGUAUUGCUCUUCCCGAGAUGUCCAUGGAUGUCGCGCUGAUGUAAUAACAUACAGAGAUAUAUAUUAUCUACCUUCUCAUCGAAGCGGCAGUAUGGUUCUUAUUUUCAAGGAUAAUAAAUACUGGAUUAACAAUCGGUAUCAGAAUACAAUAAAUUGGACUUGCAGAGACAGAAAGCGUAUUGGUUGCAACAGUUGUGUUCAGACUACGGUGGAAGGACGCUACAUCAAACAUAAGGGCUUUCAUAAUCAUGAAGAUAAUUACACUAAAUAUAAUUUCAAUGACUGAUGCCGCGAUUCUUUCUCUACCCUGCCUGUUAUCACAUCAGUUGAAAGUAUUACAAAGGAGUAAGGUUAUUAAUAAUAAAAUGUACGUGAGUAGGCCUAGAGAAAGGAUAAUUGUACUUAUCCACUAGUUGAUAUUACCCAUAUUUAGCUUAAAAUCGUCAUUCCAAUUCAGUGAGUUUUUUUGUGUAAGAAGUUGGAAGUAUUAUUUAGAUUAUUUAAUCUAUCUUUAUUAGGUUAGAAUUAAAACUUAAUUUUGUAUUUUCAAUCAAAUAUAUGCGUAAAUGUAAGUGACAAAUUAAUGUACUUAAUUUUUAGAUUAUGUUUAGUUCGAGACACAACUUAUUACUAGUCAUCUUAAUUGCGUGAUAUCUUCCACGUGCCAAAUUUUUCUUUUAGAUCUUAGGCAUAAUAUUCUUGGUGCAUUCAACACUCGUCUGUACAAGCACAAAGUUUUGCGCCAAUUCGUGAAAAAUUGAGGUGAUUAUGCAAAUUUUAUGCUACUUACCACAAGAUGGCGUGAUUUUAAAUACUUCAUACGUAAAUUAUCUACACACAGUUUUUUAACAGAUGUUCUUAGCGUCAGCAAAAUGAACCUUUUUGUUAUCUGAAAUUAAACCUUCAUUCAUAGUAUUUACGUUCACAAAUAGAAUCAAACAAUAGGUAUGCUUUAGUUUUAGAAACAAAUGUCUUAAUGCUUAAACUUAUAUUGUUGCACGUCUACAUUGUAAGAAUAUACCUAAUCAUAAAAAAAAAUGUUUUUCUACGCCAAAAUUAAUAUGAAUCCCCAUAUUGCGAAUAGAUUGUUUAGGCGUUUGGCUAGCCAUCAAGCUUCAGAGCUACUGGGAAAGAAAUUUAGUUAUAAAAACAAUCCCGUACUAACAGGUGAAUGAAAAAUAUACUCACAGAUCAAACAACAAACAUAAGAAAUUAAUACCUGAACCAUCUAUGUUAUACCAAAAAGGGUCUUUUAAGUUAUCUAAUGCUACAAUUGAAUGUUAAAACAGGUAAUUUGUUUCAGUCAAAUAUAUUGUCUCAAGCCAUAGGGGAAAAGAAGUAGCGAUGUUUAAUAACUAUACAUUUGCGAAACACUACCCAGUAAAGAGCGGUUAUCGCUGGAAGUGUUCCAGUCAGUAUUCCAAAGGCUGCUCGGCGUUUUUAGUCAUAAGCCACGAAGGAAAGCUUCUUAAAAAAAAAGAAUCGCACACCCAUUAUCCUCCAAAGUAUUUGAUGAAUAAUAGUAUGUAUGUCAGAUGUAAAAUGUUGCCUAGUUAUGUGUAGAAAUAAUAGUGAAAAUUUAGUUUCUUAUCACACUAUACAGUUUUGGGUGUAAGAUUUAUCGAGAUUUAGUGAGAAAUUAGUCGGGUCUUGAUAAACGCGAAUUUCAUUAUUGACGUAUGGAAGUCCGGCUCUGUCUCGUUUUUGAAUGGUUUUGACACUCGAACGGAUUUGGCAUGGUAAUGUAACGUUCUGCGCAUCUAAGAAAUGGCCAACUUAUAUGCCUAUAUAUAUCUUAUGAAAAAUCUUAAACGCCUUCGGUGCAUCAUAGUUAAGGUUCUUCAUUCGUUUUACACUUGGUCAAAAUCAUGUCUUAUUCUUUUGAUUAGUAAAGAGAAUAAGACGAAAAUGUUAUUAGCAACAGGUUAUAACUCUAAUAAAUAAUAUAAUGAUCUUAAUUAUACUCGAUUCUAUGUAAAUUUUACUCUAAUAAUAAUAAUACUUAAUAUGAUGUAAUUUAGAUUAUAUUAUUCGAUUCUAUGUACAGUUUUUUAUAAUAUUUAAAAACCAUUUUCCGCGUUUAGCCAGAUUUGACACAAGUUAAAUUCGCUUAUUUCCAAGUGUCAAGAGAGUUUGUUUAUUGUAAGGAGAAUUAAAAUUGUGGUAGUCUUAGUUUUCUUUUCGAUAAAUGAAGUAUGGCUGUCUUACAAUUGAUCUGUUAAUCAAAAAUUGGCGAUUAAAGAGAGUGGCAGCUCCACGCCCUUGUUUGGAAACUCGUAGUAAAUGUAAAUUAGAUUUAGGGUUCAUAAGUGUACAGUUACCUAUAAAAUACAUUUUAAUUUGAAUAUGAAAUAAUAAAUACUAUUAAAGUAAUGUUAGGAAUUAAAGUUACUCGCUUGUAAUAAAUUAUUUAUUUCUUUAGCUGUACAGUAAAAUAGUAACGCCAAAUUGUAUCCCCCGAUUUUGUUAUCAUUAGUAUUUUGAAUUGCCCCCGUAGCAAAUUGUAUUAAAGUCAAAAUUAAAGGACAUGAUGACCCUGAAUUAAUAAAUGAUUGGGUUUUAAAAUGUAAACAAGUUCCAAAAAGAGGUACCAUUGUAUUCUCUUGCACAUUCUACCCUAGAUUUAUUACCUACGUUUUUAUUUUCGACGAACAAAUCGUUUAAUUUACAAACAUGGUAACAUACUUCAGGUAUGUCACUUCUUGAAUUUAAGUUAUAUAUUGCAGACUUUAAUAUAGGAAAGACAGAACCUUUCACAAUAAUUACACGCUCUGAUGAAGAAGGUAAAGAAACAAUACGAAGGCGCACAGCUCGAUGGGCUGAUGACGACAUUGGCCACUGGCCUACCUGGACAAAUGAUCGGCAGCGUUGCAAAAUCUGUAGGCUAAAGUCUCAUAUAAACUGCGUUAAAUGUGCGUUUAACUUUUGCUUAAAUAGAAACAGAAAUUGUUUUAAAGAUUUUCAUCAAUUAAAUGAAGAUUUACCUUA